UGUAACACGGCUGAAACUUUCUGUAGGUUGCUCAACAAGCCAUUACUUGAAGAUUCGGGCAGCUGCUAAGAUGACCGACGCAUCCUCCUCGACGAGCUACCCAACGAACAUGACGAACCUAACAGAUUUACAGUUGCGACAAACUAUAACUCAGCUCUCAAAUGCAGCCAAUAAUCCUACAAACCAGUUUCAGCACUACGUAUCACCCGCACCCCAACAAUCAACAUCCAAAGCCUACCUUAAAAAUGUUCACACUUGGUCAACAACAAAUCCGAACAAAGCUACCCGUGCUCGUCAUCGCACUGCAAAGACUAUCGCACAACCAGUUCCACAACAGAUCGUCGCUGCUCCAGUAUAUCAACCGCCUCCUCAACCAGUCGCACCCGUACAAGUUGCACCUCCCCUCCCCCCAAACCCACCCCGCCAUCCACUCCCCGUCGCCUCCCAAGCUCUCCAUUCUACAUAUGCUUCCCGCCUACGCACAGGAACAACCCUCCUUGUACAGCCCGUACUUACCCAGCCCUCUGCAGCAGCCGGAAACACAAGAGCCUCUACCCGCCGUGGAGGCAUGAUCAACUACGCAGAACCAGGCUCGGGAGACGAGUUCCCAGAUGCUGGUGCCAUCGAAUCCGAUGACUCUGAUUUUGUCGCUAGUGGAGGCAUGAGAACGACUUUGAGAACGCGGAGAAUGGGAACUGGCAUGUCGGUUUUUCACUCAGGUAGUGGGAUGUCCACCCCUCAGCCACAACAACGACGCUCUACACCGAUGCAGAACGACAAGGGAGAGUUGGAUCAGAGUUACCUAGGUAUGAUCCCUCCAAGUCGGUUCAUCAAAGGAAAACCUGUCGCUCCAACCGCACAUGAAUAUCCUGCACCCGACAUGCUUGAAGCACAAGCACAAACACGCGCCUCUCUAGUCCCUAUCCGUGUCGAAUUCGAAACAGACACCCUCCGAAUACGCGACUGCUUCGUCUGGAACUUGAACGAGACUCUCAUCAAACCCGAAUCAUUCGCUAAAGUAUUCUGCGCAGACCUCGAUCUCCCCACCGUCCCAUGGGUAGAAACAGUCGCAAACCAAAUCCGUGCACAGAUUGAAGACCACGAAGGCGUUGCUUCCAUGGAUAUAGGCGCAGACCAUGCAAUCGACUCGAGCUUGGAUCCCCAUGUUGCGGCUGAAGCGGGCGAGGAGGUUCCCGAGUGUCGUGUUAUCUUAAGCAUCGACGUGCAGAUAGCGACGCAUCAUUUACUCGACCAUAUAGAGUGGGAUUUGCUUUCGCCUCUGACACCUGAAGCAUUUGCGUUACAGCUCUGUACUGAGCUAGGGUUAUCAGGAGAGGCGCUGCCGCUCAUAGCUCACGCGAUCCACGAAGAGCUCAUAAAGCACAAGAAGGACGCUAUCGAAUGGGGCGUCAUCGGCGGAGACAAGGAAGCCGAAGGCCUAAAAGACAAAACAGGGCUAGGCAUGGGUUGGGGCCGCACCAAAGGCCCCAAAGUCCUCCAAAGCGUCUGGCGCGAAUGGACAGAAGCCGAAGAAUUCCGAACACGGUUCGAGGUGCUCACAGCAGAGGAGGUAGAGAGGCGAGAAAUCGAAAAAGAAAGAGCUAGCAGGCGGUUGCGUCGCGAGACGUCUAAAUUCCAGACUACCAGAACUAGACGACGUUGAUCUAUCUAUCUGGGACCUGGAUUCUGGAUUGCACGAUCAAACUCAUAAUCAUAAUCACAUGAAAAAUUACUGUAUUUCAUUCAUAAUCGCCAUCUGCAUUGAUG